AUGGAGCUUUUUCUCCACACCACUUGCAAUUUGGAAACUCGGAACUUGAUUUCACCUCAUAAACAAUCAUUUAGCUUUAAUUCCAACUCUCUCCUCGUCUCUCCUCGUCGCGUAACCUUGUCCCCUGCUAACCACGGUGGCCGAUUCGUCGCCGUAUCCGCCUCGUUUCAACCCGGAGAUUCGAUUCCCAGCUCUAAUUCUUCGCAGAGUAAUCACGAUGAAGACCAUUUCUCUCUCGCGCAGAAUUCCAUCUCUGGGUUUCUCCAACAAGAGAUUGGACUCUCGGAGGCCGAUUCAGAUUUCAUUUCCGAGAAUUGUCAUAAAUACAGGCGGAUGAUCGUAGAUGGUGUUAGGGAAUUAGAGGAAUGGAAUUCGUGGAAAGGGAAUGGAGAAUCAGAAGGAAAUGAAGGUUUAGGGUUUAAGGAGAAAGUGGUUUACAUGGUGAAGCAGAAAGGUGAUGGUGGUAAAGUUGCGUUUUUGGAGAGCCUUGGUUUGAGUUUGUCUUCUGCCAUGUAUUUGGCUCAUUACCUCUCCUCAGAAUCGCUCCCAAAACUUCUCCAUAAGGUUAAGUACCUGAAGGAAAUAUUCUUUUCUGGCAGUGAUGAGAAAGGUCUUGUUGGGAAGUAUGCAAGACGAAUGAUGCUCUACUUGUCCAUUCCCAUUGAUGAAGAUGUGCAGCAAACUCUCUCCUUUUUCGAAAAGAUUGAAGCAAGGCGUGGAGGGUUGGACAUGUUAGGCUCUGUGGAUGCGUCUUUCAGGUUUUUAAUAGAGUCAUUCCCUCGGCUUCUUCUACUUUCGGAAGAAAAUGAUAUGAAGCCAUUGAUAGAGUUUCUUGAAAGCAUUGGUGUUCCUAAAGAUUGCUUGGGGAAGUUACUUCUCUUGUACCCUCCUAUCAUGCUCAUCAAAACUGAGGAGGUUAAAAGAAGGGUCGCUGCAGCUCUGGGAAAGGUUAGUGUAGUGAAUAAGGAUUCUGGAAAAGUUUUGCUGAAGUAUCCAUGGAUUCUUUCACCGAGCAUUCAAGAACACCAUUCACGCAUCGUCUCAUGGUUAGAGAGUGAAUCGGUGCUGAAAAUGGAUAUCGACCACGCAAUUAGGAGAUGGCCUUUACUCCUCGGUUGCUCAACGAGCAAUAUGAAGCUGAUGGUAAAGGAAUUUGAUAAAUUAGGUGUUAGAAACAAAAGUAUGGGGAAAGUUAUACCCAAAAUGCCUCAGCUUUUGUUAUGUAAACCACAAGAAUUUCUCAAGGUUGUUUCCUUUUUGGAAGAUUUGGGGUUUGAAAAGGAAGUCGUGGGACAAAUAUUCUGUCGAUGUCCUGAGAUAUUUGGCUGCAGCAUCGACAAAACCCUGAAUAAAAAGCUCCUCUUUCUCACUCGUUUUGGUGUUUCCAGUAUCCAUUUUCCUCGAAUCAUAAAGAAAUAUCCAGAAUUUCUCUUAUACGACGCAGACAAAACAGUGCUUCCUCGGCUAAUGUAUCUGAUGGAUGUUGGGAUAUCAGAGAGAGCCAUUGCCUUCAUGAUACGUAAAUUCGCACCGUUGUUAGGAUACAGCAUUGACAAAGUGCUUAGACCUAAGUUAGAGUUUCUGGUGAAGAGCAUGAAGAAACCGGUUGAAGAGGUGAUAGAUUAUCCGAGGUAUUUUAGUUAUUCGCUGGAGAAGAGGAUAAAACCGAGGUUUUGGGUGCUCAAAGAGAGGAACAUAGACUGUACAUUACACGAAAUGUUAGGGAAGAACGAUGAAGAGUUUGCUGCUGAUUUCUUGGGUUUAGGAGAGCUUCAAGCUCAUAGUGAAACCUCUUAG